AUGAAGCUGGUCCUGGUCUUCGUGCUGGUCGCCAUCCCCAUUUGCUGCUACGCCAGCAGUUCUGGCUGCCGUGCAAUGGAUGAUGUCGUUGCACAGACUAUUAACUCAUCAGUGUCUGUGGCUGAUUAUCAGGACGUGGUUAAGUCAUACGCACCUCUUCCUUUCGACAAAAAGGCUGUGAGCAAAUUGAAACAAUGUUUCCUAGACCAGUCUGAGGAGACUCUGGCCAAUGUUAAAGUGAUGGUGGAUGCUAUAUACAACAGUAAAGACUGUCCACAGUCUGCCUAA